CGAUGUGACGGAAAUGUUGGCAACGAAGGGGUGAGGGAGGGGAGAUUUUUAAUGGCAGCCACUGGCGCACAAGAAUCGAGUCGGUAGAGUCUGCAACAAACAAAUAUCAAUUAAAACAACUUAUCUUCGUCAACAAAUAUUAAUCAGGACAUUUAACUUUGUGGGUGUUGCAGGAUUAUACCUGCUGGUUAUUUCUUCGCUCGCAGGACGGAGUUUAACGUUUGUUUUGUGAGGCUGCAUCGAGGUCGGAGGCCUAGCCGGGAGUCAGUGGAGAGAAGCGGCUUCAUCGGAGUUGAUAUUGAGAAUAUGUAACGGAUGCCAUCAUGACAUCCAGAUUUGGUAAAACCUACAGUCGGAAGGGUGGAGAGGCCAACUCCAAGUUUGAUGAGGUCUUUUCAAAUAAGAAGGCCACUCUGAGUACUAAAUGGGGCGAGACCACCUACAAGGCUCAGUUGGCCUCCAAAAGGCCCCUGGUCAAACCAGAGCUCCCAGAACUCACCAAGAGACCCAGGGUGGAAGAGGACGACGGCUCUGAUGACCCAUUCGGGUUUGAUAGUGACGACGAGUCGAAAACAGUCAGCACCCGGAGUGCAUCUCAGCAGGGGAAUGCAUCAGGAGAGGACCAGGUUUCCACGGCCACAGAGCAGCCUCAGGCAAAGAGCUCAUUCUCAAGGAGCUCACCAUCAUCGGAAUCAGAGAGCUCCAAAGCAGACAAGCCUCUGCAGACGACGGUGAACAUAAGCUCCUGGUCCAAAAGUGCAAAGACGACGCCUCAGUUUACCUCCCUGAAGCCCGUGCCCAAGGACCCCUCGGACGGAUGGAACUCCGAGGGCAGCCAGAGGUCGUCGUCUCCAGGGGAGGACUCGCUGCAGGGCCGGGACGACAGCGGAGAGAGUGAAGGUCCUGGCGGGGGGGCCCAGGAGCAGGGGGACGGGGCAGCAGUAGCAGCAGCAGCAGCAGCAGCAGCAGCAGCCCCCCAGCCUGAACCCCUCAACUUCGAUCCGCUGCCUCUUCUCAAGUCGCCCACCAACCGGACGUACCACCGACCCAAGAGGCACAAGGGAGACCAGGGAGAGGGGGACGAAGCGCCCCCGGUAAAGGACAGCAAGUCCGCACCUGCCCCUGCCCCUGCCCCGGCCAAACCCAGCAGCAGUGGUGGCGGCGGCUCACAACAACAGAAGACGGCGGGGCGGGGCAGAGUGCGGGACUACACGGUGUUGCACCCGUCGUGCGUGUCUGUGUGCAACGUCACCAUCCAGGACGGUAUCGAGCGCAGUGCCGACGAGCUCACCAGCGCCGCCCCACCCACUGACCUAGGAGAGGCUGGCACCUUCAGGAGAAAGACAGACACUGCACCUGCCAAGCCCACGAGGUUCAGGCCCACUCAGAGCAAGUCCAAGAAGGAGACCAAGCUGGAGUUCUUCGGCUUCGAGGAGAACGAGGGCCAGGAGGCCGACGGCGAGGCCACCGCGUCGGGGAGCUCCAGCUACAAGAUCAAGUACUUCGGCUUCGACGAGCUGAGCGAGAGCGACAGCGACGACGACGAGGACGACGCCUCGCCCAAGAAGUCCAGGAAGGCGGCGAGUGCUCAGGCGGCGGCCGAGGGCGUGUCCUACAGCGCAGACAGCCCGCCGAUGAGCGACUCUCAGGAGAGCCAGUCCAGCACCAACACAGACUCCCUUGACUUCCCUGACGAAUCGGGAGGCUCCGAGACUCAGAGGAACCGGCAGGGCAAGCAGUCGGACAAGUCCAAGGACAUCGGCCGCAAGAUCUUCAAGAAGUCUCCGGCCAAAGCUGUGUACAACGCCAGACACUGGAACGAGCCUGAUGAGCUGCCUCCACCCCCUCCCACCCGCACCGUCUCUGCCCCGGCUAGCCUUUCAAGCAGCAGCAAAGACACCAACUCUCACAAGGACGAUGGACUCUUCAAAGCGCCGCCCCCACCGCCCAAAGUCAUCAAGUCAGUCACCAUCCCCACGCAGCCCUAUCAGGACAUAGUCACGGCACUCAAAUGCAGGAAGGAGCACAAGGAGCUGUAUACAGUGGUUCAGCAUGUGAAGCACUUUAAUGACGUGGUGGAGUUUGGGGAGAAUCAGGAGUUCACCGACGACUUUGAGUACCUGGAGACGGGUCUGAAGAGUGGGCAACCUCUCAACACGCGGUGCCUUAGUAUCAUCAGUCUGGCCACCAGGUGCGCCAUGCCAGGCUUCCGAAUGCACCUACGAGCACGAGGAAAGGUAGCAACGGUCUUCAAGAUGCUCAACGACGCACCACAGCAUCCGAACAUGGCGCUGUGCACCGCGUCUCUCAUGUACAUCCUGAGCCGGGACCGCUUGAACAUGGACCUGGACCGAGCCUGCCUAGAGCUGAUGAUCCGGCUCCUGGAGAUGGAGCAAGACCACACGGUGGACGACCAGCUGACGGACAAGGAGAUGAGCAAGGUCAAGGAGAAGAUCCGCAAGCUCUGCGAGACCGUCCACAACAAGCACCUGGACCUGGAGAACAUCACGACGGGUCAUCUCGCCAUGGAGACGCUGCUGUCUCUCACCUCUAAGAGGCCGGGCGAUUGGUUCAAAGAGGAGCUCCGCCUACUCGGAGGGCUGGACCACAUUGUGGAUAAAGUGAAAGAGUGUGUGCUGAGUUUGAGUCAGGAGGAGGACAAGGAGAAGCUGGUGGCCUCGCUGUGGGGUGCAGAGAGGUGUCUGCGCGUGCUGGAGAGUGUGACGGUCCACAACCCUGAGAACCAGGCCUACCUGAUCGCCUACAAAGACUCCCAGCUCAUAGUGUCUGCAGCGCGAGGCCUGCGCUACUGUGAGGACAUGAUCCAGCGCUACAGCCGGGAGGUCAACAGUUCCAUUGCCGCCUCGGGCUCAGCCCUGCCACACUGUAGCCAUAGCAACGUGGGCAAAGCCGUGGAGGACUGCAUGAGAGCAGUGAUUGGCGUGCUGCUCAACCUCACGCAUGACAAUGAAUGGGGAAGCACGAAGGCUGGAGAGCAGGAGCAGAUGCUGGUGACGGCGCUCAACUGUGUGCUGCGGGUUCCUCGCUACCUACCUCAGGAACAGAGAUUUGACAUCAGAGUGCUGGGUCUGGGCCUGCUGAUAAACCUGGUGGAGUACAGCUCCAGGAACCGCCACUGCCUGAUCGAGAUGGAGAUGGAGCUGGAGCUGGGGCUGGAGCUGGGGCUGGGUCUGGGUCUGGGGCUGGAGACGGUGGCCGUCACGGAGGGAGAGGCUGACAAAGAGAAACAAGGAGAGGAAACGACAAAGACCGAGGAGCAGCCACCGUCAGAGGCGCAGCCACCGUCACAGGAGCAGACACCGUCACAGGCGCAGACACCGUCACAGGAGCAGACACCGUCAGAGAAACGGCCUGCCUCGGGCGCGCUGGCGGCACUAGUACACUUAUUCCUUGAGCGAGAGAGGGCUGCCAUUCUAGCCGAGGCGCAGACUGAUGACAUCAUCAGCGAGCCGCCGAAGCCGCUGGACCAGAGCGGCGAGUGGAAGGAGACCUCGGGGGAGAUCCAGUGGGUGGCCGCUGAGAACCACGUAGCCAACGACAAACAGGAAGAAAAGAAGGAGGAGGAGGACGAGGAGCUGGACUUCAAUAAAGCUUUGCAGCAUGCUGGGAAGCACAUGGAGGACAGCAUCGUAGCAUCCUACACCGCCCUCCUGCUGGGCUGUUUAUGUCAGGGCAGUCCGACGAAUGUGACGACCGUCAGGGAGAACCUGCCCAAGGGGGACUUCUCCAUUAUGACAGAAAUGCUCAAGAAGUUCUUAAAUUUCAUGAACCUCACAUGUGCGGUGGGAACCACUGGUCAGAAGUCCAUCUCUCGGGUGAUCGACUAUCUGGAGCACUGCUAGCACGGAGGUCCACAGUCAGUCGCUCUUACCUGCAACACCACCACCACCCCCCCUCCCCUCGCUCACACUGGGCUGUGUUGCUGCGGGGCAGCACACCACAGGGGUCCCAGGGAGGACAGCGCCAGCGCUCCCCUUGGUUACUGCUGUCGUGGCGAGUGUCACCGUGGUCACCGUGGUCACCGUCAGUGAGGCUUGCAUUGCUUCAGAAGCUCAUGAGUUUGUGUUUGUUUUUUUUUGUUUUGUUUUUCAAUCUCCACUACAACCACCACUGGUGUCAGUUAGACUUGCUCCAAAUGAAUCUCUCUCUCUCUCGCCCCCUUUCU